ACUUAUCUCAACUGAACCUAUGGAAUGGAGGCUCAGACACAACCAGUGAGCAUCUGGGAAAGGAUGAAAAUUGAGGAGAGUGGAACCAUCCGCCCUGCGAAGGUCAGAGGGAGAGCAUGAAACAUAAGAGGUAGAAAAAUCAUCAGCUGAAGAUAUUGGGGAAAAGAAGAACAAAGCAGUCAAGGGGUUAAUGAAACCAGAGUGAAACAAAGUCAGCAAUGUGUGGUCGAUGCAGGGAGAAAAUCAGAAGCUUCAGUCAACAUUAAAUCCAAAAUUGUAAACAUUGUCACAUGAUGCAGAAUGUCAGACUCAUUUGCAGUAAAGCGUUCACCGUCCGUGACAGAGUGUGACCCAGUGUGGGAGGAGGCCAGCGAUCACAGCCUCAACAUCUCAGACAGUGUCUCUCACCCAGGGCGAUGAGAGACUGGCAGUGGAGCAGCUGACAAUAUCACUUCAUCCAAAGCUUGCAGGGUAUGGAGAAUCUCCGUGUGAUUAGCUGAUCUCGGAGGGACUGACAGAAGAUCAGAGCCGAAGAUGGCAGAAGUUCUUCAGAUGAAAACUAACUUCCCUGGUACGUCUAAUCUCACCGGUGGCUUUUCAGGUGACCCCAGCGUAAAGCACAGUAAACAAGGAGUGCACAACCCAGGUAACAUGGACCUCACGGCUGGGUCAGAGGCCAAGGGCAAGGACCAGAACCUGCCCUACUCCGUGGAAACUCCCUACGGCUUCCAUCUGGACCUGGACUUUGUGAAGUACGUGGACGACAUCGAGAAGGGGAACACCAUCAAGAAGGUUCACAUCCACCGGAGGCCGCGGGGUUGCAGCUACACUGGCUCCUGGUGGACCUCCACCGAGUCGCUCUGCUCCAACGCCAGUGGCGACAGCAGGCACUCGUCCUUCUCCUACUGCGGCCGCAGCACCUACACGCCCACCGCGUGCGGCUACAACAGGCCGGGUGGCUACAACGCACGGGUGGAGAAGACCCUGUUGGAGACCAGGAGGAGGUUGGAGGAGGAGCCCCUGGGCUGCGGGGAGGGUCGGAGACCACGCUACACCAGUCUGGGCAGCCUCCACAGCAGCGUGGCAGGUUCCACCAGUUCCCUGGCGGGCAUGGGCCAGUCGUUCUCCAGGCUCUCCUCCUACAACGGGUCGCAGAGCGCGCCGUCAGGUCACUUCACCCCGCUGGGCUCCGGCGUGGCCACCCCUUCCACCCCCAACCCCACCCACCUGCACAACAUCCGCGAGCAGAUGGCAGUGGCCUUGCGCCGGCUGAGGGAGUUAGAGGACCAGGUGAAGAUCGUGCCAGUGCUGCAGGUGAAGAUCUCCGUGCUUCAGGAGGAGAAGAGGCAGCUCAGUGUCCAGCUGAAGAGCCAGAAGUUCCUCGGUCACAGUGCAGGCUUCAUCUCCCAGCGGUCACUCAAGCCCAAGGGGGAGCUGUACAUCGACGUGCCUGAAGAAGACAGCCCUCGGAGGAAGGCAGAGUCCCCGCUCUCUCUAACGCAGACCCAAGCCAUCCUGGGAAGAGUGACUCCAAACUGGGCAGCGAGGAGGGGUCUGAGGGGCAGCACGGCAGGAAUCAGGAGCGUGGGCAUCUGGGUGAGGGAGAAGGACCUGGGCAUCACCCCUUCUUCCCUGCACCAGGACGUGGAGCACCAUCGGCACGUGGCCGAGCUGCUAACCAAGAAGAUCUCCAUGCUGGAGAGGCAGCUACGGGAAGCAGGCCGGGAGCUGGAGUCCGCCAGGGGUGAGCGGAAGACGACGGCGGACAAGGGGCAGCAGGCGGACAUUGGCGGGGCGGCGGCAAGGGCGACGAUCCCCGGGAGCUGGGAGCCGGCGGCGGAUCAGAGAGUGGACCCCGGGGCAGGUCAGCGGGCUCCGGGGAAGAGGGGGGAUGGCACGGAGCCUGGAGGCGGUGGCGAGGGGCGGUCGGUGGGCGUACACGUCGGACCCCUGGGGCGCCCUGUGGGCGAGGAGCCGGCCGGAGACCAGAGCAGGAAGAGGGAGUCACCUCAUUCCAAGGCAGAGGCGGUCCCCUCAAUGGGCCAGGCAAGGAGCGGAGGAGGGGCGGCGGCAACGGCCGAGGGGGAGGCCUCCGGCCGGCCCUUCAAGGAGGUCCCAGCCAAGCUAGUGACCUGCACCAUCGUGACCACGCUGGCGUCCACCUGUGAGGAGGUGAACUCGGUGAUGACCACGGCCAAGACGGUGAAGCAGGCGAAGACGGGACCGAGCGGGGCAGAGCUACGGGAAGCGGUGGAGCAGCUGACCCAAGCCUCUCGUGAAGACCACAAAGCCCUCCCCUCCGCUCAGGCACCUCGGGCUCUUCCAGUCUCUGAUGUUUGCAGUGCUGUGGAGACACCACGUGAGCUGGGUACCCCAAGGACAGUGGAAGCCCACCACCAGCCCCCAAAGGAUCCGGUGAGACCAGGAGACCCUGACCCAUCGUCAGAUGAUUCAACACGACCAGUUUCCCCACAGGGAGCACAGCUAAAGUCCAUCAUGAAGAAGAAGGAGAAUGGAGGAAGUUCUGACAGUCCUCCGACAAAGAAGAGCCUGCAGUUUAUCGGUGUUAAUGGGGGGUACGAAUCAACAUCUUCUGAAGAGUCCAGUUCAGAGAGUUUAUCAAGUGAGUCAGACGGUGAGAGCACGGAGAGCGAUUACCAUGAGGCCAGUGAGAGACUUCCAGGAGAGCAGACGGAGAAAGCAGAGAGCAAAGCUGCUCCUGCACAUACGGUUCAGGAAUCCCAGGGUGUCCGGACUCAAGCGGAGCCCGCGCAGGGAACCAAGAGGUUGGAGACUCCAACAGAACCCACGCAGGAACUUGAGAGUGGGCGGACUGCUGCUCAGAGCACGCCAACCUCUGAGGGAGAGAAGAAAGUGCAGGACGUAGGGAGAAAAGGGCACGUGAAGGAAGUGGUGCAGAGAACAGAGGGAGAAACAGAGGAAGAAGUCAAGGAAGGGAAAGACCAGCCAGAAGCCAUCGUUCACCAUGAGCAGAAAGCAGACAGCCGCACGUUUGAGCUGACUGAGGGCUUGGUGUCGGCUUGUGUAACUCUGCAGAAACACCUGAAUGAUCCAGAUGGCUUCACAAACAAAGACGUGAGGGUGAGCUAUCUCACCAUACAACAGGAGUGGCUUUUGGUAUCCAGCCCAAAGACAGCAGAUCCUGAGUUGGUACGCCGGUACCUAGCUGUGUUUAAGGCGAUGUCUCCAAACUUGCUGGAGCUGAUAGUUAACAUGGCAGAUGGGAACGGGAACACAGCCCUUCACUACACCGUCUCGCACUCCAACUUCCCAAUUGUCAAGUUGUUGCUGGAUACAGGCACCUGCAACUUGGACAAGCAGAACAAGGCCGGUUACACUGCCAUCAUGUUGGCUUCGCUUGCCGCUCUGCAGUCCGACACCGACAUGCAGACUGUGAUGCAGCUUUUUCGCCUGGGCAACGUCAAUGCCAAGGCCAGCCAGGCAGGUCAGACAGCACUGAUGCUCGCGGUCAGCCAUGGACGGACAGAGAUGGUCAAGGCCCUGUUGGCGUGCGGGGCGGAUGUCAGUAUCCAGGAUGACGACGGGUCGACGGCACUGAUGUGCGCCUGUGAGCACGGCCACACGGAGAUUGUCAGGCUCCUGCUCGCGGUGCCAGGCUGUGACAUAACUCUGACAGACAACGACGGCAGCACAGCUCUCUCCAUCGCGGUUGAAACCGGACAGAAAGACAUUGCGUCCCUGCUCUACGAACACCUGAACUGUUCGAAGGCUUCCAGCUCCUCCCCUGGCGCGCCCGCCCCCACACAACCUGUGCCUCGCCCUUCCCCACCUGAAGCCCAACUGUAGACGUGUGCGACCCCCAGCCGAGCUCCUGCCCACCGCACCACCGAAGACCCAGCAGGAUGUGCUCGAGGGCUCCCUCUCCAGACUGGCACGGCCCGUCACCUGACACAGCCCGCUGGCGUACUCGACGCUGUGGCAUGGCGGCCUGUGUCUGUCAACCCCCGGAGGAUCCCCGAGCGCCGCUCUAAACUCAGCAGCCCAGGAGGAGAGGCCUGAACAAAGGAGAGAGGUGCGAGCCGAAAAGGAAGCUCAGCCAUCGCACUCUCCGGAUUAUAAACCUACUGCUGUAACCUUGCAUGACAAUCUCGCUGUCCGUCCACCAGCUUUUUGUAUGAAGAAAGUAUAUAGAAGCCUGUAGAGGACAUUCAGCCCAUUGAGACUUCAGACUGAGCAGACUGAUUCUUAUCGUCGGUGGCUUCCACAACCCUCUCUCCCCACUUCCUCCACUCACUUCCCCUCCCUCCCCUUGCCCCUCCCUCCCCUUGCCCCUCCAUUCCCCUUCCCUUCUCAAUUGGCCUGCCCACCAUGGCAGGUUUCUCAGGACGUCAAAAUUAGGACCUGCCUCUGACACAGAGAGAGAGAGAGAGAGAGAGAGAGAGAGAGAGUGAGAGAUCCUCGUCACCCCAAUAGUCAGUCAGUUCCUGUACAGAUACACCAGUCAGUUCCUGUACAGAUACAUCAGUCAGCCGGUUCCUGUACAGAUACGCCAGUCAGGCAGUUCCUGUACAGGUACAUCAGUCAGCCGGUUUCUGUACAGAUACACCAGUCAGUUCCUGUACAGAUACAUCAGUCAGCCGGUUCCUGUACAGAUAUGCCAGUCAAGCAGUUCCUGUACAGGUACAUCAGUCAGCCGGUUUCUGUACAGAUACAUCAGUCAGAGGGUUCCUGUUCAAUGACUCUGUUGAAGAGGAACAACGAGCCGAGCCCUGUGGAUCCAACAUUGAGAUGGACGGGGCCUGACUGUGGAGUGAGGAGUAAUACAGACUCCAUGACAUCCGCUAAUACCCUUCCCAGGCAGACACUUAAACAGCUGUGAUCAGGUUGACCACAGCUGGAGGCGAAGCUGAUUCACAGGGGUCUGCUUUACCCUCCCCUAUCCCAAACAGACACUGCUUUAUACCUCUCCCACCUCGGGCUUCAGAGGGAGAUCAAAACCAGCGAUAAAUCUUAUACCCGAUCACCGUUCUGGGGCUCAGGCAGCAAUGAGCAACAGACCCAUUACUGGGAGCCACGGGAUACCCGAAGGGGGGAGAUCAAAGAUCACUCGUUAAACCUCUUUUGCUGCUAAUCGUGAUCAGGUAACUGACCUGCCUGGGCUAUUACCAAAUCCCUCCCCAGGGACUGAUGCCUGACCACUGGGAAACUGAGUAGACAUUCAGAUGGGGAGGCGAAACAAGUAACUUCACAGGGUCAGAUUCCUCACCAGUUUGUUGGGGGCUGCAAGGGAGAUCAGGACUACUCAACCAGAGGUCCAUAUGCACCAGCUCAGUACUGUGGCUUGGAGAUAUUGGAAGGUGAGGGGGGGAAGCGGAUGGACACAAUGGGGUCGAAUUUCACUUCCAUUUUGCUUCAGGUGGGUUUAGAAAUGGAAAGCCAGCCCACAAACCCAUUCAACCCAUCGUUUAUAAAUUGCACAAGGCUUAAUUUAAAACACUUUUGUUUUAAAGAGGCUUGAGGAAAUGGACAGUCCAGAUUCAGACUGGGCCCAGUGUUGAAGAAGUGCCACGAGCUUCACCAAACACAAUUGUGCACGUUCCCCAUCACCUGAGCACAUUCCCCAAUAUAUAAACCAAAUGUAGUGGAUUUAUUCUUGUGUAUAUUACUAUGCUGAUAUUUACAGACCCAGAUCCAGCCUCUUUUGCCACUGCUCUGUUUUAUCUUCUACUAAUAACCAGUUGUACUAUUGAUGCCGCUGGUUUUGGUGUUUUCUGCAGGACAUCAAGACCAGCCCCACUUCCUGGUGUCUUUGUAUUAUCCUUUUUACAGAAAUAUCUAUCAGAGUUUUGUAAUCCACAUAUUGCAAUACACUGAAACGGAAAUACUGCUGGCUCAUGCUUUAUCUCAUUUAACAGCUGUCUGCUGGCACGCAGGAGGUCAGGGCAUUCACAGUUGGGUGAGAAUUGGAGGGGAUGUUUGGACUGGGAAGGGGAGGUGGUUGUCAGUUGUGGUUGUUGGAUAGGUUGGGAGAGUGCUCUGAAGGUUCAGUAAACCAGUCUAUGUUCUGUUUGGACGGAUACAAACAGUCCGUGUGAAACAAGUCUUUACUGUGGCUGCACGCUCUGUCUCUCACCUGAAUACCCCUGUACCUGCACACUCUGUCUCUCACCUGAAUAACCCUGUACCUGCACACUCCUCUCACCUGAAUAACCCUCUACCUGCAUACUCCUCUCACCUGAAUACCCCUGUACCUGCACACUCUGUCUCUCACCUGAAUAACCCUGUACCUGCACACUCUGUCUCUCACCUGAAUAACCCUGUACCUGCACACUCUGUCUCUCACCUGAAUAACCCUGUACCUGCACACUCCUCUCACCUGAAUACCCCUGUACCUGCACACUCUGUCUCUCACGUGAAUAACCCUGUGUCUGCACACUCUGUCUCUCACCUGAAUAACCCUGUACCUGCACACUCUGUCUCUCACGUGAAUAACCCUGUGUCUGCACACUCUGUCUCUCACCUGAAUAACCCUGUACCUGCCCACUCUGUCUCUCACUGAAUAACCCUGUACCUGCACACUCCUCUCACCUGAAUAACCUUGUACCUGCACACUCUGUCUCUCACCUGACCAACCCUGUGCCUGCACACUCCUCCCAGCUACAGAAAUACACAUGAGUGUAGCAGCAUCAAACCUGGGCCCAAUCUGCCCUCCUGGAUAAAGUAGAAGAGCUGCAUAAAAGAGGAGCAGGCAAGAUCUCCCAGUUUUCCUGACAAACAUUUAUCUCUCAACAAACAUUACUAAAUAAUCAUAUUGCUGUGGAAGUGCAUUGCUGCGUAAAUUGGCUGUUGUGUCUCAUGGAAUGUAACGUCAAAAAAUAGUUGACCACCUCUCAAGAACUUUGAGGUGUCCUGAGGGUUUGGAACUCAAGAACACUUCAAGGCAACAUCUAAAUCAUCAUAAACCCAGGAUGGUUCCUGGUCGAAUUCUCUACCUUGUCAGUCAUACUGGACAGCACCUCCUGCUGAGUAUUUGAGGGAGGGAUUGAAUUAAGUUUAAUUCCGAUAAUCCAGCACUCUUGGGACUUUGGUAUUGCAGGACCAACAGAUUUUCUGGACCGUUGGAUACCUAUUUCAUUUCAGGUUUCUACACAUUUUCCAGUGGUACAAUAAAUUUUCCAGUGAACCCAGAGAGUUUAAAGGGAGCAGGACGUAUACACGCACCCCUGGUCCCAUUUCUGACCACAGACCAUCCCAUAUUCCUCAUCCCUGGUGUUCUGGUCUCACACCCAACUUGCACUCUGGACCCCUGGCUCACAUUCCUGAUUAAUGAGUGAGGCAGAUGCUGGGCCAUCAGAAUUUCCAAACAAUCGGAUGUCAGCUCAUUGGAGUUUUUCUUUGCAGCCCAUAUGAGCAGAAGCACCAAAGUCAAAGUCGAGUUUAUUGUCACAUGCACAAAUCCAUGUGUGCACAGGUGCAAUGAAAAACUUACUUGUAUCACAGGCACAGAGCAUCAGAUAAGCAGCAUUCACAAGAAAAACAUAAAUGUAAAUUAUACACAAAUUUUACAAGAAAACACAAUUAGAACAAAAAAUACAAAGUCCAUUUUAGUGCAAAGUGGUCACUGUAGUGACUAGGGUUUUGCCGGUUGGUUCAAGAACCCAAUGGUUGAAGGGAAGUAGCUGUUCCUGAACCUGGUGGCAUGGGACUUCAGGCUUCUGUACCAAACUGCAAAUAACUAUAUCGUGUACU